CAGUCGCAUUUUUGAGUUCUAACCACGCAGAUCUCUUGGCAAAACACCCGCAUAAUAAAAAACUUCGGAAAUUACACACUCCAUAUUUAAAACAGCAAAUUAACACUAUUUUAAUAAAAGACAAAAAGAGUUUAGUAUUUUGGCUAUAUUGAGCGGCGUAGUGGUUAUUUUUAACAAUAUUUUAAUAGAAUUUUAUGUGUAAACGAUACUUAUGAAUGUACAUACAUAGUAUAUUUGAAUUUCGUCGCAUUUGUACAGUUAUAGUAUGAACAAGCUGAUGAAAGCACAGUGCGAAGUACACAAGUGACGCAUGAAGUCGUAAAAAUAUUCAAUUAACAUACAUAUAUAAAUAUGUAUAUACACCAACAGAAACGAAAAUAAAAACAGUAAACAAAUACUUAGCUAGUUGCUCAACUAGUUGUAUUUCGCUAUCAGCCGUAUCAGCGAAUUCUAUUCACAUUUACCGCUUUAACAAAAUUAAUUCACGUUAAAAUUAUCUGCGAAAUCGCUAUUGGAAACGGACCGCACGUGAAUAUUUGGUAUUGCCCAUUGAGCCGAACGUUCUUAGCCGGUCAGCGCAUACCCGCCGCGCUGCGAGUACAACAUACAUAUGUACAUACAUAUGUAUGAAUGUUUUUCAAAUGCCGGGAGCAUAUACGGAUAAGAGAGUAUGCGAACUUGUUUAUGAAUAAGCAUCAUUUUGCAUCGGUACAUACCGAAAAUAAGGUGAUUCGUCUGCAUAGCGUCGCACGCUCAGCAGUUCGCUAGUGACGACGUGGUUGUUGCGCCACUUUCCGGAGAGGGUAAUAACUACAAACGUGCAUUUUGAGUGUUGAGAGUAAGCUGUACGCAAUACAAAUCGUAAAGAGCACGGGUAGUGAUUUCAUAAGUAAUUUGUAUCUUUAACCAAUAAGACGAAGUCUCGUUCGCAGUUAUUCAAACUAAACAAUAAAGCCAGUAUCCGCAAAUCAACAGCAGCCGCAAAGCUUUCGCACAUAAACAGUUGCAAAAAUGGGUUACGAUGAGGUGCUUGUGCCCUUGGGAGAUUUCGGCAAAUAUCAACGUCUUAUUUUCUUUUUACUCUGUCUUACAGCUAUCUCUUGUGCCUUUCAUAAAAUGUCACGCACAUUUAUUUUUGCUAAACCGAACUUCCGCUGUCAACUUCCUUUUGAGCACGAAGCGAAUGACACUCAUCUUAACGCCAGUAAAACGAACGAUUUCAAAUUGCCGGCUCACCUGUGGCAUUUGGUUUAUCCCGCUGAUACAGCUGAUCCGAAAAUAGGACGUUAUGAGGCUUGUAGCUACUUUAAUAUUGAAAAUAAAUACUAUGAGUUGUUGGGAAGCAGUAUGCAGACAUAUAAUGACUCGCUGUUGCAUCAAAAUAUUACAUUGAGUAAUAAAACAUUGCCUUGUAACGGCUAUAUUUAUGAUCGGUCCAAGAUUAGUAACAGCGCCGUCACAGAAUGGAAUAUGAUUUGCGAUCAAAGUUUCUUGGUAGCCACGAGCGAUGCGAUAUUUAUGUUUGGCGUUUUAGUUGGUAGUAUUGGCUUCGGGCAGUUAUCGGAUAAAUGUGGCCGAAAGCCAGUCUUCUUUGUCUCGUUGCUGAUUCAGGUGUCGUUUGGCAUACUGGCCGGUAUUGCACCGGACUAUCUUACCUAUAUAAUGGUACGCUUCAUAAUUGGUGCCACAACUUCGGGAGUGUUCCUUGUUGCUUAUGUCAUUGCUAUGGAGAUGGUGGGUCCGAAGAAACGUUUAUAUGCCGGCAUAUUCUUGAUGAUGUUCUUCUCCGUGGGUUUUAUGCUUACAGCGGUAUUUGCCUACUUUAUAAAUGAAUGGCGGACAUUACAAAUAGCCAUUUCAUUACCGGGUCUUUUAUUUCUCGGCUAUUAUUGGAUUAUACCAGAGUCCACUCGUUGGCUAAUUUCGAAUAAUCGUAAAGAAGCCGCGAUCACCAACAUUCAGAAAGCCGCUCGUUUCAACAAAGUGCACUUAGACGAGGCUGAAAUUAAUCGAUUACUAAGCGAUGAGGAAAACGUCGAAAACUUGAAAACCAAAGAAACACAAGAGAACACUGCUGCGACCUCUAACAGAGCAGUAUCCGUUUUCGAUCUACUACGUUAUCCGAAUUUACGUCGAAAAACGUUGUUAAUUUUUUUCGAUUGGUUUGUGAAUAGCGGUACUUAUUACGGACUUUCGUGGAACACAAACUCUUUGGGUGAUAAUAUGCUGUUGAAUUUUGUGAUUUCCGGCGCAGUUGAAAUUCCUGCCUUCACUUUCUUGCUUUUCACGCUCAAUCGUUGGGGACGACGCACCAUUCUCUGCGGCUGUAUGUUGGUUGCCGGAUCCGCGCUGCUGCUCACCAUUGUCGUGCCGAAAGAAUUGAAUUGGCUGAUAAUUGUGCUGGCAAUGAUGGGCAAACUCGCUAUCACCGCUUCUUAUGGCACCGUUUAUAUCUUCUCAGCUGAGCAAUUCCCCACAGUAGUGAGAAAUGUGGGCUUAGGCGCGUCUUCAAUGAUGGCACGCAUUGGCGGCAUUUUAGCGCCCUUCAUCAAUAUGCUGAGCAAUGUAUGGCGUCCGUUGCCGCUCAUCAUUUUCGGAAGCGCUGCAUUCAUCGGUGGACUACUGUCGUUGCUGCUGCCUGAGACACACAACAAGCCGACGCUGGAGACUAUAGAGGAGGGUGAAAAUUUUGGUAGAAGGGUGGAUACAAGGGUCGAGCGAUCUAAUAAAGACAUAUUCAUUGUGGAUAACAUGGAAAAUGUGCCUUUGAACAGUAAUGGAAAUCAUCCUGACAAAAUACAAAUUAAAAAAAUGACUAGUUGAAUAAUUCAAGUUGUAUCACCAAGUUUUAGUUUAAACAAUUUGAUUUCAUUUUGCGCUUAGCAGUAUGUAAAAAUCCAAGUAUUUAUAAUAAUAAUUUCGUAAAAGUUUCGUUCUAAAAUAUGUUCUUCUUAUAUAUUAGUUUGGAAACCAUUAUUGCCCACAAUAUAUUCAAAAUUUCAACUUUUAUACAUUCUGCGUUGUCUUUUUAUAUUAUCUAACUAAACUUCCGGAGGUUUCAACAAAGUAUGUUAUAUAUGUAUAUAUUUAUUUAUACUAUCGUACUAGUUAUCACAUUUUUCACAUUCAUCAAAAAGAAUUUAAAGUAUUCUACUGCUUUCAAAAAUUACCCAGCUGCAUAACAUAUUACUUAAAUGUCGUAAGCUAGUCGUAUAUUAAACACUUAUUAGUGCAUAUACAUAUGUAUAUGUAUGUAUUGCGGUAUACUCUGUCUACUUAAUAUUACCAAAUUGUGAUGAGUUAUAAUUACGAAUUCUACAAACUAGAAACAAUAAUCAAUAUUAUUUUCUGAAUUAUUAAUUUAAA